AUGAAUAAGUCUCAGUUAGGAUCCAUCAGCAGUUCUGAUCUCAUUGAUUCGAAGCUUGAGGAACAUCGAUUAUGUGGAUCCAAGCAGUGUCCUGGAUGCGGCCAAAAGCUCGAAGGGAAGCCAAAUUGGGUAGGUCUACCAGCAGGAGUGAAAUUUGAUCCAACAGACCAAGAAUUGAUAGAGCACCUUGAAGCCAAAGUAAAAGGCAAAGAAUCAAAAUCUCAUCCAUUGAUUGAUGAGUUCAUCCCUACAAUUGAAGGUGAUGAUGGGAUUUGCUAUACUCACCCAGAAAAGCUUCCAGGCGUAACAAGGGAUGGAUUGAAUCGGCAUUUCUUCCACAGACCAUCAAAGGCUUACACCACCGGCACAAGAAAAAGACGAAAAAUUCAAACCGAAUGUGACUUACAGGGGGGAGAAACCCGGUGGCACAAGACAGGCAAAACCAGGCCAGUCAUGGUUAAUGGAAAGCAAAAGGGAUGCAAGAAAAUUUUGGUUUUAUACACAAAUUUUGGGAAAAAUAGGAAACCUGAAAAAACAAACUGGGUGAUGCAUCAAUACCACACAGGUCAAAAUGAAGAAGAAAAAGAAGGUGAACUUGUGGUUUCCAAGAUAUUUUAUCAGACUCAACCAAGGCAAUGCAAUUGGUCCGAAAAGAAUAGCAUGAAUAAUGCUGUUGAAUUACCAACUAGCAGUGAUCCAAAUAGGGAUAGUGACAGUAUUGGGAUCCGCCCUUCUAAGGAAAUAGUUCCUCCUACAGAUGAAUUCCAUGGCGGCCGUGGUGGUGGCACCGGCGGAACUGGCAGCUCUCCUAUGUCUAGCUAUGGUGCGUUAGAUAUCCAACAAUUCAAAGCAGACCAUUUCAGCUUCCUUCCGUUUACAAAACCCUUUGAUGAGGCUGGGAUUGGAGAAGCUUCAAUUGCAAGGGAAGUUUCAGCAGCAGACACGUGCGAUGAGCAUCAAAUGCCACCACCUCACGUGACCCAUGAGGCUCAGCAACACCAGAUUGCAACCGCAGCAUACCACAUGAUCAGCAGGCCUUCACUCUCUAUAUCCGCCAUAAUUUCUCCACCACCACCUCUUCAUCAUCAUACCUCUAUCGUUCUUGAUGAGGACUCCUUCCAUGUCCCCAGAAUGAUUCUCCAAAAUCAAAAUUUUCAGCAACAUCAUAAACUCGGAAGAAGGUCUGCAACAGGAUUGGAGGAAGUCAUCAUGGGUUGCACUUCAAUUGAUCACAUCAAGGAAGAGUCAUCUAUUACAAAUCCACAAGAAGCAGAAUGGUUGAAGUACUCCACCUUCUGGCAUGACCCUGACAACCCGGAUCAUCAUGGGUAG